AUGCGGCAUCGGUGCGCGGGAGCUGUCCAUCAGCACCAUCAGCAGCAUCAGCACCACAUCCCCGAGCAGCUCAUCCCCGAGCAGCUCAUCCCCGAGCAGCGCAGCGGAGUCUUCAGCCUGCCGCCCCCGCCCUGCGACCACCGAGCCCGAGCUCCGACCACCGGCGCGCACUGCCACAGCCUCCAGCAGCUCCCAUGUCUGACUCAGCCCUCCCGGAGACCCGUUCCCGGCGGAGAGCCUCUUCCACUGGCGAGCUUCACCACCCAGCGCCCGCACCGAGGCGGUGAAGCCAGCACCGGGCUGCCGGCGCACCUGCAGCAGCAGGAUCCCUGGGCCCCGCCCUCCCCACUUUUUCCGCCUCCUAUACCACCACCGCCACCAACGUCGUCCUCCUCCCUUCUCCUUUCCCGGGAAUCUAAACGAGCGGAUCGUCUCGUGAAGAGUGCCCAGCAUCAUCACCAACAGGCGAGCACCGUGGACCGCUGCAGGGGAGGAGGAGGAGCGGGAGGGCAGCGAGACCACAGGCAGCUGUUGCAGCAGCAGCAGCAUCAGCAGCAGCAGCAGCAGCAGCAGCAGCACUGUCACUUAAGACUCCAACAGAGGGACCCCUCCCCUGAAGGAAACAGUGCAAACUCACCGAAAGGGCGCUCUUUACAUGUACGCGAGUCCGCUGAGUCCAGGAGCGCAUUCGAGUCUCGGAGUCAGCAGGAGCUGCAGCUGCAGCAGCAACAGAUCCCACAAUUGCGAGCGCAGCAACAGCUGCUGGUGGGAAGCAGCUUGCCUGUCAACUACUGCGCCAGUGGCUCAGGAGAGCUAUGUAGGACUCAGCAGGCUCCACUGCUGCAGCAGCCAGAGCAGCAGCAGCGGCAGCAGCGGCUCCAGGGGGUCUGUCUCCAGCGGCCACAGCUCCACCGGGACCAGGACCGCGGCAGAUCCGGGAACAGCUCCGUGCACAGCGGCCAGCAGGCGCAGCCACACGCCCCCCCGGUAACGGCAACGCCACAGGCAUACGUGCAUGGGAACUCGUCUGCAAGUGGCAGCAACAGUAGCGGAUACAGCCCCAACUACGGCUCCAGCUAUAACCUGUGGCCGGAGAGCCCGCACACGGGAGAGGAGAGGAUACGCAUUGAUCUCCAUAAGGCCACUACUGAGCAGAGGAAGCUGAGCCAUGCUGGAUCCAAGCCCUCUCUCUCCGAGAGCAGUGGCCGACUCCCUCAGAUAGCCAUGAACACCUGCAAGUACAAUGGCGGAGUGGUGAGACCGUUAGUGGGCAGCCUGGCGUCCUCGUCGCGCCGCAACCUUGCAGAGCUUGACUCGGAGACGCAACCCUUGCAGACGCUGCACAGCUCCGGCCUGGAGGUGGUGGUGUCCAAGGGCAACGGUGGCGAAGACCCCAGUAAGGCGUCCAACGAGAGCUUGGUCAGGGAGGGCAGCGGGCGAGGUGGAGGCAGGGCUCCGCAGAAGAAAAACAGGGACAUUGGCUACAAGCUCGGUCACCGGAGGGCACUGUUUGAGAAGCGGAAGCGGCUCAGCGAUUACGCACUCAUCUUUGGGAUGUUUGGGAUUGUUGUCAUGGUGACAGAGACAGAGCUAUCAUGGGGGGUUUACACUAAGGAAUCUUCAUACUCAUUUGCACUGAAAUGCCUUAUCAGCCUUUCCACUGUUAUAUUGCUUGGUCUUAUAAUAAUGUACCAUGCCCGGGAAAUCCAGCUCUUCAUGGUCGACAACGGUGCGGACGAUUGGAGGAUAGCCAUGACGUACGAGCGAAUUUUCUUCAUUGUGCUUGAGCUGCUGGUGUGUGCCAUUCACCCCAUCCCAGGCCAGUAUGUCUUCACUUGGACGGCACGACUGGCUUUUACCUACACGCCAUCUGUGGCUGACGCCGACGUGGACAUCAUUCUCUCUAUUCCCAUGUUCCUGAGACUCUACCUGAUUGGCAGGGUCAUGUUACUCCACAGCAAGCUGUUCACAGAUGCUUCCUCCCGCAGCAUAGGUGCCCUCAACAAGAUCAACUUCAACACGCGCUUCGUCAUGAAGACCCUCAUGACCAUCUGCCCAGGAACGGUCUUAUUGGUGUUCAGUAUAUCUUCCUGGAUCAUUGCUGCAUGGACUGUGCGGGUCUGUGAGAGGUAUCAUGACAAACAGGAAGUGACCAGUAACUUCCUGGGAGCCAUGUGGCUCAUCUCGAUAACCUUCCUCUCUAUUGGCUAUGGGGACAUGGUACCACACACGUACUGUGGGAAAGGUGUGUGUCUGCUUACAGGGAUCAUGGGUGCCGGUUGCACAGCACUAGUAGUCGCGGUGGUUGCCAGAAAGCUGGAGUUGACCAAGGCUGAGAAGCAUGUCCACAACUUCAUGAUGGACACACAACUCUGCAAACGAGUCAAGAACACAGCUGCCAAUGUACUCAGGGAAACAUGGCUCAUUUACAAACACACCAAGCUCGUCAAGAAGAUAGACCAUGCCAAGGUGCGAAAACACCAGCGCAAGUUUCUCCAAGCCAUUCACCAACUGCGCAGUGUGAAGAUGGAGCAGAGGAAACUCAACGACCAGGCCAACACCUUGGUGGACCUGGCAAAGACCCAGAAUGUGAUGUAUGACCUGGUGUCAGAGCUGCAGGAGCGCAGUGAGGAGUUGGACAAGCGUAUCGGCACAUUGGAGGACAAGCUGGACUCGGUGACGGGCAGCUUGCAGGCGCUGCCCUGCCUCAUCUCCCAAGCCAUAUCCCAGCAGCAGCAGGACUUCCUGGACGGCUUUGUUCACCGCUUCCGGCCUGCUUCUCUAGCAUCGGAGCGCUCCGAACGCUCAGAGCGAUCUUGGACUUCCACCACCCGUAGGCGGCGUUCUCCCUCCACAGCACCACACACCUCCUCUGAUAGCGGAUAACCUUGACACACCCAUUGUAACCAACAUCAGGCCCAGCCCACCCCCCCCCCAAAAGAUCCAAAACUUCACCCUGUCCCAUCCAAAGCUGUUCCUGUUUCCACUUGUGAGUCCAUGUCUGGACCAAUAAUCAACCCAUAUCUUGACCCAUGACCUGAUCAAGCCCUUCUUCUCUCCCUACCAGUCACUCCAGCUCUUUCUCUCCUCCUCAUCAACCAAAUAAUCCAUAAGCGAAUUCCUCUGUGACUGAGUCCCUCAGCGCAGGGCUGGAUUAGAGCUACCUGGAAAGAGCAAAGAGAGACAAAGACAC